CACGCAUUGCCACAACAACCACACACAACAGACACACACACAGACACACAUUAUUCAUAUCUCUGUUAACUGUGCAGUUGAAUAAAGAAGCGUCGGCUACGGCCAAAAGUAAACGUCAAGAUUCUAUCGAAAAAAACACUGCUUAGCACGACGGAGGCUUCGCUCACAUUCAACACGCCGACCACAAUGCCCUAUAACGGUGCGAGCAACGGCAGCGGUGGUGUCGGUGGUGCUGUCGCAGGCAGCAGCGUUAGCGGUGGCGGGGCCACCAUCGUCGUCAGCGAGGGACCCCAGAAUAAAAAGAUACGCACCGGUGUUCAACAGCCCGGCGAAAACGACGUCAACAUGCAUGCUAGGUCCACACAAAAUCAGAAUCAGCAGCAAGCACUACUGAACAAGUCAAAUGACGACCUAAGGAGAAAGCGUCCUGAGACUACACGGCCAAAUCACAUUCUACUCUUCACUAUCAUAAAUCCCUUCUAUCCCAUCACAGUUGAUGUCUUGCAUAAAAUUUGCAAUCCACAUGGCCAAGUGCUGCGCAUUGUCAUCUUCAAAAAGAAUGGCGUACAGGCCAUGGUCGAAUUUGAUAAUCUCGAUUCGGCAACACGUGCACGCGAGAAUCUCAAUGGAGCCGACAUCUAUGCCGGCUGCUGCACUCUUAAAAUUGAUUUUGCCAAGCCGGAGAAGUUGAAUGUUUAUAAGAAUGAGUCAGAUACCAGCUGGGAUUAUACCCUGAGCACAGGUGAGAUUCAACCAAUUAAGGAGAUUGGAAAUGGUCGCUCACCAUUACUGCAGGAGCCUCUUUACGGUACACGACCUCAGCCCUACAGUAAGUCGCUGUUUUCUAUACCCGAAAAUGUUGUUGUGCUUGAGAGCCAGCCACCACUAUUGGGACCAGGCACCGCCUUCCCGCCAUUCGGUGCACCCGAAUAUCAUCCCACCCAGCCGGAUAACUGGAAGGGCGCCGCCAUCCAUCCAACUGGCCUCAUGAAGGAGCCCACCGGCGUCGUUGCCGGACGUAAUGCACCCGUCGCUUUCGCCCAACAAGGACAGGCUCAGGGCGCUGUCAUGAUGGUCUACGGCAUGGACCAUGACACUUCCAACACAGAUAAGCUCUUCAAUUUGGUCUGCCUCUAUGGCAAUGUCGCACGGAUCAAGUUCUUGAAGACAAAGGAGGGCACCGCCAUGGUACAAAUGGGCGAUUCGGUUGCCGUUGAACGUUGCGUGCAACACUUGAAUAACAUUCCCGUUGGCACUGGCGGCAAGAUACAGAUUGCAUUCUCAAAGCAGAACUUCCUAUCGGAGGUGAUUAAUCCAUUCUUGCUGCCGGAUCAUACACCCAGCUUCAAGGAGUACACUGGCUCCAAAAACAAUCGUUUCCUAUCACCGGCACAGGCCAGUAAGAAUCGCAUUCAACCACCGAGCAAAAUCUUGCACUUCUUUAACACACCGCCCGGUCUCACCGAGGACCAGCUCAUUGGCAUAUUCAACAUUAAGGAGGUGCCGGCCACAUCUGUGCGUCUGUUCCCCUUGAAGACGGAGCGCUCGUCAUCGGGCCUGAUCGAGUUCCCCAACAUUUCGCAGGCCGUGCUCGCCAUCAUGAAGUGCAACCAUCUGCCUAUUGAGGGUAAAGGCACCAAAUUCCCAUUCAUCAUGAAGCUGUGCUUCUCAUCAUCGAAGAGCAUGAAUGGAGCGUGGAAUAAUGCCGCAAAUGAGGGCAUGAUCGAGAAGGAGAACGAUGGCGAUGUCAAGGCGGAGAUUUACAAUUGAGAUUUGAUUACCAUUGUGUAAGCGCAGCCAACAACAACAACAAGAACAACAAAGCUAAGCAACACAACAACAACAA